GUUAUAAAUCACCAUGUGGCAGUUUAGGCCAGAGAUACGGAGGUAGUUCGAUAUCCCGAGUCCUACCUGCUGGCCGGUUCAUUCAUCUUUCCAACUACAGCGGUUCAACUUUCACAUUUUCCACCAUGUCACAUCCACAGUCUACAUUCGGGCAGACCCAGUUUCAUGGCAAAUCACUGCUCUCAAUCCGGAGAAACACAAUCGCCCAAACAUCAAUUCAUACUCAGCUUGAGCAGUUACGCAGCACAGGUCGCUACGAUUGCUUCAAGCUGAAAUGGCACCCCAUCUACGACGACAAAUCCAUGUGGCCGGUUCCAUUCCAUUUGUUUUGGGAUAGCGACGUUGCCAAGUGGAUUGAGGCUGCCUGCUACCUGUUGGAAGAACAGUAUGAUGCCGAGAUUGAUGUUGCAGUCCGCGAGCUGGUUGAAAUGAUCCGCAGUGCUCAACAAGAUGACGGCUACCUCAACGUUCACUACACUGUUGUCGAGCCUGGCAAGAGAUGGUCUAAUGUCAAGGACAUGCAUGAGUUGUACAAUGCCGGACAUUUAAUCGAAGCGGCUCUCGCUCACCGCGCCUAUUAUAAAAACGAUCUUUUGAUCGAACCUAUUGUGAAAUAUGUCAACUACAUUCGCAAUACCUUUGGACCUGGAGAAAACCAGCUUCAUGGCUAUCCUGGACACCCUGAAAUUGAACUCGCACUGUUGCGUCUCUACUCGGCAACCAGUAACCAAGACGCAUAUGACCUCGCCAAGUAUUUUCUUGAAGAGAGAGGAAAUCCAACGGGCCAGGAUUCGAAACACUAUUACGACUGGGAGACCGAGCAGCGAGGUGACAAUCCGUGGGCCCGACCGGAUUCCUAUCCUGAACACCGUUCUUUCUGGGUCAACCAAGCACAUUUGCCCAUUCUGGAGCAGCAGACCAUUGAGGGACAUUCUGUGCGGGCCAUGUAUCUUUUGGUCGCGGUUGCUGAUCUUGUCCAUCUCAGUCGAGACACGGGCCAGAAGUUGCCAGAUUCACAGGAGUGGGUCACUACGCUGAACCGUCUCUGGGAUAACAUGGUCGACCGGAGGAUGUAUGUCACUGGUGGCAUCGGGGCUAUCAAGCAGUGGGAAGGAUUCGGAGUUGACUACUUCCUCCCUCAAUCAACCGACGAAGGCGGCUGCUACGCCGAGACCUGCGCCUCCAUCUCAGUCAUGAUGUUGGCAGAGCGGCUGUUGCAUCUUGAUCUAGACAGCCGUUACGGAGACAUCAUGGAACUCAGUCUCUAUAAUAACGUCAUGACAGCCAUGAGCCUAGGUGGCAAAGAGUUCACAUAUGUGAACCAGCUGGCCAGUUCCGAUGAAGACAAGAGCGUCCGAUACAGCUGGUUCUGGUGUGCUUGUUGCCCUCCUAACCUAGCGAGGCUAUAUGGAAGUCUUGGUGGCUACCUUUGGGACUACGGUAGUCAAGAGCAACAAGCGUUCAUCAAUGUUCAUCUUUUUACCACGGCCAAGGUGUCCUUUGAAGCCAAUGGGAGUACUGUCGUUCUGGAGCAACAGUCCAAUUGGCCUUGGGAAGGAGACGUUACGUUUCAGGCGACGGCUCCUGAAUCUGUACAGACAACUAUUCGCCUUCGUCUUCCAGCGUGGUCUCAAUAUCAAUAUGAGCUGACACCCAGUGCUUCUGCGGACUGUGUCAAGUUGUCCAAGGGGUAUUUGUGCCUCGCCCCCGCCUAUGUUACCGCACACCCUUCUUUCAUCCUCCGGGUCAAGAACUUCAGUCCUCGUCAUAUCAUGCCACAUCCUCAUACGAAUCAGAAUACUUUGACUUUGGCUCGAGGGCCAAUUAUUUAUUGUGCCGAAGACAUAGAUAAUCCUUGGGAGACGAACCAUUUCAAAGACAUCAUCAUUAAGCAGGACAGCCCUGUUGUGGAAGAGCGUCGGGUUUCUGAAGAAACGGGUGAAGAUUAUGUCGUGUUGAAGACACAGUGUUGGAGGAGAAUACUGAAUGACUGGGAAGUGACGUCCAAUGGUCAGGGGCCAGGGAUGGGGGUUUCUGAGCAAAUAAUUGGCGACGAACGAGAAAUUGUAUUUGUCCCAUACUAUUUUAGAUCUAAUAGAGGCGGCAAGGGACACAUGAGGGUGGGAUUUCUCAAGAAUUAAGCUGGAAUAGCAAAGUUAAUUUCGAAUCAUUGUAUUGCUUCAUAACCAUAAUGCCUGAGAAGGUUUCAAAGCGAAUCAAAUGGCGACUCAAAUAAAU